AUGUCUCUCUCCGACUCGUUCGCCAUGCCGCACGCCUCCGACUCCGACAACGAUGACAUUGACUCCCUGCCCUCGAGCACAACCGAUUCCUUCAGUUCGGACGAUGAUGAGUACGAUGCACAGCGCGAAUGGGAGCGAAGCCUGGAACAAUUACAGCUUCUGUUGACCAUGAUCUUGGUGCCAUUUGCUGGCAAAUACUUUGGGAGGAAAUUCGCAUAUUGGAGCUGGGCGAGGUACAUGGAAUGGAUGCACAAUGUAGAAAUAAGGUGGACCAACAAGAAGUCCUUCAAGGCCGCUGGCGCAAUUGAGGCCGCGUCGUCGUUAUAA